AUGUCUUCGCGUCCGGAGUUGAAGGUUGACGACGAGCAUGGGUUCAUCCGAUAUUUCAAAUCCCUUCCCGCCGUAGGUGAAGAGACAAUACGGAUAUUCGAUCGAGGCGACUGGUACACAGCCCACGGCGAAGAUGCCAACUUCAUAGCACGCACGGUCUACAAGACCACCUCGGUCGUGCGACAGCUGGGACAAAACGAUGCGAGCGGCCUCGCCUCCGUAACCAUGACCGUCACCGUAUUCCGACAAUUUCUGCGACAAGCUCUGCUCAAGCUCGGAAAGCGGCUCGAGAUAUACGCCGGCAGUGGCGCACGUAUGAAUUGGAAAAUUGUGAAGCAGGCAUCACCGGGAAACCUGCAAGACGUUGAAGACGAGCUCGGCGGUCAAUUCGACGCCGCACCCAUGAUACUAGCUGUCAAGAUCUCCGCCAAGGCCAGCCAGGGAAGAAGCGUGGGAGUCUGCUUCGCCGAUGCCAGUGUGCGGGAGCUGGGCGUCAGCGAGUUCCUUGACAAUGAUCUAUACUCCAACUUCGAGUCCCUUCUCAUCCAGCUGGGCGUCAGAGAGUGUCUCCUACAGUUUGACAAGGCCGAGAAGGACACGGACCCCGAACUAGCCAAGCUGCGCCAGAUCGUUGACAACUGCGGAGUUGCCAUGUCGGAGAGACCGGCUGGCGAUUUUGCCACCAAGGACAUCGAGCAAGACCUCGCCCGCCUGCUCAAGGACGAAAGGUCAACUUCGAUGCUCCCUCAGACGGACCUCAAGCUAGCCAUGGGAUCUGCCGCUGCCCUGAUCAAGUAUCUCAGCGUGCUACAGGAUCCCUCCAACUUCGGCCAAUACCAGCUCUAUCAGCAUGAUCUAUCACAGUUCAUGAAGCUGGAUGCGGCCGCGUUGCAGGCGCUGAACCUGAUGCCAGGACCGAAGGAUGGAUCGAAGAACAUGAGCCUGUUUGGUCUCCUAAACCAUUGCAGAACACCAGUGGGCAGUCGACUGCUAUCGCAAUGGCUGAAACAGCCCCUGAUGAACAAGGCCGAGAUCGAAAAACGGCAACAACUGGUCGAGGCUUUUGUCAAUGGUACUGAGCUGCGCCAGACCAUGCAAGAGGAACAUCUGAAGUCGGUGCCCGACCUUUACCGGUUAGCAAAGCGCUUUCAGCGGAAGAAGGCGAAUUUGGAAGAUGUUGUAAGAGCAUACCAAGUCAUCAUUCGCCUGCCCGGAUUUCUGGGUACUCUCGAAGGUGUGAUGGAUGAGAUAUACAAGGAUCCACUCGACGAGGCCUACACCAACAAGCUGCGGGAACUUUCAGAUAGUCUCGGAAAGCUUGCAGAGAUGGUCGAGACUACGGUAGAUCUCGAUGCGCUAGACAAUCACGAGUUCAUCAUCAAGCCAGAGUUCGACGAUGGUCUGCGCAUCGUUCGGAGGAAGCUUGACAAGCUACGAUCUAACAUGGACAAGGAGUACCACGAGGCGGCAGCAGAUUUGAACCAGGACGAAAACAAGAAAAUCUUCUUGGAGAACCACAAGGUUCACGGCUGGUGUAUGCGACUUACGAGAACCGAGGCCGGCUGCAUCCGCAACAACAAGCGAUACCAGGAAUGUUCGACCCAGAAGAACGGUGUCUACUUCACGACGAAGACGUUGCAAGCCUAUCGUCGGGAGUUUGACCAGCUGUCUCAGACGUACAACAGGACUCAGAGCAGCUUGGUCAGCGAGGUUGUCGGAGUCGCCGCAUCGUACUGUCCGGUACUGGAGCAGCUUGCCGGCGUCCUGGGACACCUGGAUGUCGUGGUUUCCUUCGCGCACUGCUCUGUCCACGCUCCUACUUCGUAUGUGAGACCUAAGAUCCACCCUCGAGGCCAGGGAUCGACUAUUCUAAAGCAAGCUCGCCACCCCUGUAUGGAGAUGCAAGACGACGUCCGAUUCAUCACGAACGACCUUGAGAUGACACGUGACGAGUCAUCCUUCUUGAUCAUUACCGGACCGAACAUGGGUGGUAAGUCGACAUAUAUUCGCCAAAUCGGCGUCAUCGCCUUGAUGGCCCAGAUCGGCUGCUUUGUACCGUGUACCGAGGCCGAGCUCACCAUCUUCGACUCGAUCCUCGCCCGUGUUGGAGCCAGCGAUUCACAGCUGAAGGGGGUCUCGACCUUCAUGGCCGAGAUGCUUGAGACUGCCAACAUUCUCAAGUCGGCCACCGCCGAGUCUCUGAUCAUUAUUGACGAACUGGGCCGCGGCACGUCGACGUAUGAUGGUUUCGGCCUCGCGUGGGCCAUCUCCGAGCACAUCGUCAACGAGAUAGGCUGCUUCGCCUUGUUCGCGACGCACUUUCACGAGCUGACCGCGCUCUCGGACCAAUUCCCACAAGUGCGCAACUUGCACGUCACGGCGCACAUCUCGGGCACCGGCGGGGACGCUGCCGCAUCCGCAUCCGCCACCGAAGAAAAACGCGAGGUCACACUCCUCUACAAGGUCGAGCCGGGCAUCUGCGACCAGUCGUUCGGCAUCCACGUGGCGGAGCUGGUGCGGUUCCCGGACAAGGUGGUGCGCAUGGCCAAGCGCAAGGCCGACGAGCUCGAGGACUUCACGGCCAAGCACGAGGACGGGCUGGGCCUGCGGCGGUACAGCAAGGAGGACGUCGAAGAGGGCAGCGCAAGGCUGAAGGAGGUCCUGGUGAAGUGGAAGGACGAGGUCAAGAGCGGCGGGAUGAGCCGGGAGGAGAUGGUCGGGCGGAUGCGGGACCUUGUCAAGGCGGACGAACGGCUUUUGGCCAACCCGUUCUUUGCGGCUGUUAAGGCUUUGUGA